UAUGAGAUUAAUAUAGUAUAUGUUUUGGGGAUCUUCUCUCAUUUAGGACAGAGCUAGGCUAUCAAGUCGCUGCACAGACGUUUAAACCAGACACUUUUAAACGAAUACAAGUCGACGUUUAAACUAAUUGACAGACUCCGGAUUUAGAUGUUUAAGCAGAUCAGCCGUUUCUUUAUAAUAUACAAACGGACAAAGAAUAGGAGACAGCUAAAUACGAAAGUCUUCCUGUCGAGUGGAAAUUUCGACGUACUGUUCAACAGUGUUUAAAGAUUCAGUUCAGUAUGCUGUAAGUUGUUUCAAGAAGGUUCUGAUAGACAAUAUAAAUAAAACUAAAUUAAAACGAUGACGGAUAUAAAGUAUGACGAUGCCGUGUUUAUAAUGGACGAUGUUCAAGUGGUUGAUAAUAAACAUAGUGGACAUGUUUUCAAUGAUAACAAAGUUUUUGAUAAAUACAACGGACAUAGUUUCAGUGAUAACAAAACAGUUGAUGCUAAACAUAACAGGCACGGCCUCUUUCGUCCAUAUACAGGACAGCACCACGGACACAAGCAUGGGCAUAACGCUAUUGUUCCGCAUGAAGCCCAGCAUAGCAUGGUUGAUUCCCAUGAAACAGUUACGUUGUCCUGGGAAAACGUCAAUGUUUACGUCAAAGGGAAGAGUAGAGUCUGUUGUCGAGGUCCUGACCCUAAGGUGGUCCCUAAACAUGUUCUCAGAAAUGUGUAUGGACACGUGAAGCCUGGUACCCUUUUGGCGAUUAUUGGCGCAAGUGGUUCAGGAAAGACAACGCUUCUGAAUACAUUAACUUCGAGAAUAAACCCUGAAACUUUGACGUCUUCCGGUGACAUCAAAGUCAAUGGUAUCGACGUAGGGACCGGUAUCCGGAAUAUCUCGGCCUACGUCCAGCAGGAUGAUCUAUUUAUAGCAACAAUGACAGUGAAAGAACAUCUAACAUUCAGGGCGUUGUUGAGGAUGGAAAAGGAAGUACCAAGACAUAGAAGACUUGAGCGUGUUGACGAGGUUAUACAAGAGUUAGGUCUACAGAAAUGUCAGAACAACAUGAUUGGCAACCCCGGUAGAAUCAAGGGCAUAUCUGGUGGUGAAAUGAGAAGACUCUCUUUUGCAUCCGAGAUUUUGACGAAUCCGCCACUUUUAUUCUGCGACGAACCUACCUCCGGUCUAGAUUCAUUCAUGGCAGAGAACAUAGUACAAACUCUUAAAAAUAUGGCAGACAAAGGGAAAACUGUAGUGUGUACAAUCCACCAACCUUCGUCCGAAGUGUUUGCAUUGUUUCACCACGUUCUGGUAAUGGCAGAGGGAAGAGUUGCGUUCCUUGGAGACGCAGAGGGGGCGCUCAGCUUUUAUAAAUCAGUCGGUUACCCCUGUCCAGUGAACUACAACCCGGCUGAUUUCUAUAUUAUGACAAUGGCUGUUGUUCCAGGAAAAGAGACAGAAUGUAAAGAAAAAAUUGAGGCUAUUUGUGAUAAAUUUAGUGAAACAGCCAAUGCCAAAGCAAUUCUAGAGGAGAACAAACGUGUUGCAGAGAAUCCGAAACGAACAGGAGUUAUAUUCGAAGAAGCAUUCAGCAGUACAUCAAGGUAUGAAGCACCGUGGUAUAUGCAGUUUGGUGCGGUAUUUGCAAGGUCAUGGAAAACAACGAUCAGAGAACCAAUGGUUGCACGAGUCCGUGUUAUACAAACAAUAGUAUUAUCGCUAGUCCUUGGCCUGAUUUAUCUACAGUUAGACGUGGAUCAGAAGGGUGUUCAGGACAUCAACGGUGUUCUCUUUCUUAUUCUCACCAAUAUGACAUUUACAAAUGUGUUUGGAGUCCUGAACUCAUUCCCGUUGGAAACGCCAAUAUUUUUACGGGAGUAUUCGACUGGUCUGUACAGAGUUGACAUCUAUUUCCUGUGCAAAAAUCUAGCCGAGUUGCCGUCUUUCAUUAUAAUUCCGAUAAUCUUUUGUGCAAUCACAUAUUGGAUGGUUGGACUGUAUGCAACAUUUGAAGCCUUCGUGGUGUUCACAGGUGUGAUUCUUCUUGUUGCGAACACUUCGGUGUCAUUUGGUUAUAUUGUAUCGACAGCUGCUAACUCCGUGAGCACGGCGUUGGCCAUUGCACCACCAUGUAUGAUUCCACUUCUUAUGUUCGGCGGAUUCUUCCUGAAUUCAGAGUCGAUACCAGUUUAUUUCAUAUGGUUGGAGUAUUUGUCUUGGUUCAAGUACGCUAACGAACUAAUUUCUGUCAAUCAGUGGGAGAACAUCGACUCGAUAGAAUGUGAAGGCAACAGUACGUCGUCCAGUUCACAGAGUUUAUGUCUUUACAGAAGUGGCGACCAAGUGAUUAAGUACCUGAAUUUUGACAAGGACAAUCUAUGGAUAGAUGUCGGCUGCCUUAUAGGAAUGAUGAUUGCUUACAGACUGAUAGCUUUCAUCAUCCUCUUCAUCAAAGCUAGGAAAUCCAAGAAAUAAAGAUCAUAUGACAUAUGACUGCUCUUUUGCAGUAACGUUUGACAACUUGACAAUCUUCACCGCAGUGGUCUCCCCUUACGACGUUAAGGGAGGUAAUCACUGGUAGUACUGGCAUGAGUUACAGUAUUAUUAUGGAUAUAUAGUUCUGUGAUAUCAAAUAGAUAGGCAGAAUAUGUGUUGUUGAAUAGUACCAGAACAAUACAGUGGCAAUUCAUUACUAGAAAAUCAGUCGAUGACGUCGUAAUGUAAUGUCGUCUGCUACAGAAAUUCACUUUAUACCUCUUCCAAUCAAGAAUUCUCAUUUGUUCAAUGUGACUCUCUAAUAUAGUUCUGUAUUAUCUUCAUGAUAAUUACUUAAAAAAUCACAAAAGAUGUAUGAGAAGAAUACUAUUUUAUCUUCCUGUACCUUGCGCAGAAGGAGUGUUACACUACUUUUUAAUUAACUGCUUUGUACAAACUUGGUCAAGCCUAGUCUGCAAUCAUUAUUCUUUAUUGUCGUCUAUGCUUGCAAAUGGUUUUACAAUAGACUUUUUGUAAUCAAGAACAUAUAUAUUUUAUAAUAGGUAAAGCUUAUUGUACAUUUUUGUACAUUUAAAAAAUACAUACUAUAAACAAAUACAGAGCAUGUACAAAGCCCAUAUAAUUAUGUGAAAUAGUGACAUGUCAUAAUGCAUUUGAGCUACGACAUGGGAAAACCAACAUAGUGGUUUUGCGACCAGUAUGGAUCCAGACCAGGCUGCGCAUCGGCGCAGUCUGGUCAGGAUCCAUGCUGUUUGCUAACAGUUUCUCUAAUUGCAAUAGGCUUUGAAAGCGAAAAGCCUGGAUUCUGACCAGACUGCGCGAAUGCGCAGGGCUGGUCUGGGUCCAUGCUGGUCGCAAAGCCACUACGUUGGUUUUCUCAUGGCGCGGCUCAUUUAUAAAUGAAAGGAUUAAUCUCAUUAUACAAAGUGCUCCUUAAUAAGAUCUGUAAAAGAUCUUAGAUACACUUUUCUUUCUUUUAUGUGACCAAAUUAUAUACAUUGUAUAUUUGUACUUAUUUGUGCUAUUUUCGUUAUAUUGACAAUUAUUGUUCCGCUGACCGUAAUCUAUAUGUUAUGAUUUCCAAAUAAAGUUUUGAAAUACAAAUUGGUCUCCAUUUUGUGAGAACUGUAUUUUUGGUUCAUUUUCAGCCUGUCACUCUCGAGUAUAUAUGUAUGAUAUGGUUCUGUAGACAUAAAGUAGAGCAAUAUAAUAUACAAGACAAGAAUGAGAAGAAUCAGAAAAUUACACGCUUGUUUACAAUAUCACGUCCAAUUAUUUUUCUAAGUAGCUGGUUAAAAAUUUACGUCAGACUUUUUAAACGGAAAACGCAUUUUUCAUGCGUAAAUUACUGGCUAAGAUUAUCGUAAGUGUAAUAAAAAGACUUCUUUCGUUAAUUUAAGGUAGUCUUCAUAGUCGUGCAAGAAAGUAUUAACAUGGGUACCAUUUAUUCAUGCUUUGAAUAAUCCAUAGAAAUUUAUACCCGGUUUUUGAUAGAUAGAUGUUUUAAUGUAAGUCUUGCAUUCGGCUGCUUAAAAACAUGGUUUUGUAGCUGUUUACAUAUCUAUGAGGCCAGGUGAGAGUUUAAAUUUGAUUUUUUGUUUUGUGCUGCUUAAGAAUUACGUGUAGUACUUUUUUCUCGUUUGGUACAUCAAACAGUAAAAAAAUACGUAAUGUUUGAAGACAGAUUUUUCCUAUUUGAUGUGUGUCUUCUCCGUGUUUUUCAUCAAAUUUAUUGUAUCGAACAUAUUUUUGAUCAAAAGUGUGUAUUUGUAUGGUCUAUAAAAUAUGUUAUGACAAAACGUAUACGAUAUACUUGGGGGCCUCCCAUGGCCGAGUGGUUAAGGUCGCUGUCUUCAAAUUACUUGCCCCUCAUCGAUGUGGGUUCUUCAUGUGAGGAAGCCAUCCAGCUGGCUUAUGGAAGGUUAAUGGUUCUACCCAGCUGUCCACUCGUGAUAAAAUAAUGCACGGAGGGACACCUGGGGUCUUCCUCCACCAUUGAAGAUGGAAAGUCGGCAUAUGACUCAUGAUAAUUGUGCCGGUGCAACGUUAAACCAAACAAAAGGAAUAAAUUUAUGCAUGCUUUCUCUUUUAGUUUAGACUCCUUACACCUUAUUUGCGAAUUGUAUUUAUUCUGUUACUCUGUUAUUUCAGCAUUAAAUCAUUCCUUGCCGAUAUCACACUAUUUACUUAGUUGUUACAAAAUAUUGUUGCAUCUCAUGUUAACUUGAACAGUAAAUUAAAAAGAGUAUACUAAUA